AUGGAUUACAAGUUUGAAGCCCUAGUCACCGCACUGGUACUGGCUGUGAGUUUCAUUUUUAUCUACGGCAAGUUCAGCGGAGCGAAGCAGAGCCAACCAGCGGUCAAGACAACGCUGAAUAAGGACUGGCAAGAGUUCUCACUGUUGACCAAAACUGUGUUAACCCACAAUACAGCGAUAUACCGGUUUGGACUGCCUGAGGCCGAUGCCGUGCUCGGGCUUCCUAUCGGGCAGCACAUCUCGAUCAGCGGAGUCAUCGACGGAAAGGAGAUGUUGCGCUCGUACACGCCGACGUCGCUAGAUUCAGAUGCAACCGGGUACUUUGAGCUGCUGGUGAAGUCGUACGAGAAGGGUAACAUCUCGAAGAUGCUGGCGGAGCUCGCGAUUGGGGACCGGAUCAAGGUCCGCGGACCAAAGGGCUUCUACCACUACGAGCCCAACAUGUACAAGGAGAUCGGCAUGAUUGCGGGCGGCACCGGAAUUUCUCCCAUGUACCAGAUUAUUCGUGCGAUUUUCUCGAACCCGCGGGACAAGACGCGAGUCUGCUUGGUGUACGGUAACCAGACAAAGGACGAUAUUUUGCUGAAGCCCGAGCUUGACGCGAUGGUUGCUGCCAAGCCGGACCAGUUUAAGAUCCUCUACAUGUUGGAUAAAGUCGCUGAAGGCGAACAGUGGGAGGGAAAACUGGGAUACAUCACCGAGGCGAUCAUGCGCGAGCACCUACCGGCGCCUAGCAGCAGUGCGCAACUGCUGCUGUGCGGCCCGCCACCAAUGGUUUCUUCGGCCAAGCGCAUUGCUGUUUCGCUGGGAUUUGAGAAGGCGAAACCUAUUUCUAAGAAGGGUGACCAAGUUUUUGCAUUCUAA